GACCUUCGCUACGUUGACCGCCACCACUACCUAACAUCAAUUGCUCACUUUCUGAAUACGUAAGAAAAGUCACCAAAGGUCAGCUAUGGCAUCAUCGAAUAUUGAGGCUUUCCGGGAGGCUUUGCGAUCAUCUAAACACAUCAUCUGUCUCGCGGGUGCUGGCCUUUCUGCAGCCUCCGGCAUUCCCACCUUUAGAGGUGCUGGGGGAAUGUGGCGAAAAUACGACGCCAUGUCUCUCGCCACCCCUACCGCAUUCAGGAAUAACCCCUCUAGAGUGUGGCAAUUCUAUCACUAUCGAAGGGAGAAGGCUCUUAAAGCACAACCGAACGCGGCUCAUUAUGCCAUAGCGAUGUUAUCGCUGCCGAUCUUCCGCAACGCUAUUGUGGCUUCAGAUGAUUCGACCUUCUCGCUCGUUACUCAGAACGUAGAUGAACUUAGCCGGAGGGCACUUCGGACGGUUCAAUCAAGGUUGCGUUCACAGGAGGGAACGCCCAACUUAGGCGGCUCCACCAUCAAUAACGACCCAUCACCUACGGAGCUGCUUGAGAUCCACGGAAGUCUCUUCGAUCUCUUAUGCACUUCGGGAUCAUGUAGGACCGUGGAGAAAAAUUACAACUCCCCCAUUUGCCCCGCGCUGAAGGGUACAGAGGAAAUCUACGAGAGCAAUGCUAAGCUUCCCGAACCAGACAUACCUAUCGAAGAUCUUCCUCGGUGCAGAGUAUGCGGAAGUCUCGCUCGGCCAGGUGUCGUAUGGUUUGGAGAAAGUGUACCACAAGUAUACUUGAUGCAUAAGAUUGCGAUGGAAGCAGACCUUUGCAUCGUUGUCGGUACAUCUUCUGAGGUCUACCCGGCUGCUGGUGUUGCUCAGAUCGUGCGGGAAGCCGGCGGAAAGGUCGCUGUUUUCAAUAUUGAUCGUACCGCGGGUGAUGAGAAUGCAGACUUUCUCUUCUUGGGGCCAUGUGAGGAGACGUUGCCCGCUGCCCUCGGUCUAGAAGUACCAGAAGGAUAGAAUAUAGGGUAUGUAUCUAUGUUACCUAAAGCAUGUAUUGUAGAGGUAGUGUUUUAUUAAGCAGCUUGAUGGCGUGUAUUCGUUC